ACAAGAAUGCUACUGCAUCGAUGUGAAUGGGAUGAUUAUCACGUUGAACAUCCUGGACGUUUGAGUGCUGUUUUGCAAAAACUUGAGAAUUCAGAUUUGUUACAUCGGUGCAUAUGCCUGCAAGCGAAGGAAGCAGAUUUGGAGGACGUUGCCUUGGUUCAUAGCAGACAUUACAUUGAACAGUUUGCUAGUACGGAGCACAUGACUUUAGAAGAGCUCGAAAAGUUUGCAUCAACUUUCGAUGAUAUCUAUUUGAAUAAUCACUCUUACAGAGCAGCUUUAAUUAGUGCUGGUGUGUCAUUGUUAACCUUGGAAGCUGUUCUUUCAACGAAUACGAGAAAUAGCGCAUCAUUCGCAGCAGUGCGGCCACCAGGUCAUCACGCAUCAUUUGAAAAAGCGUGCGGUUUUUGCAUUUUCAACAAUGUAGCUAUAUGUGCUAAAAAGGCUCGAACUCUUGGGGUUGAAAAAGUUUUGAUAAUUGAUUGGGAUGUCCAUGCCGGUCAAGGAACUCAGUAUGCUAUCGCUGAUGAUCCAAAUAUUAAAUUGAUAUCAAUACAUCGUUAUGAGCAUGGCUUAUUUUGGCCACAUUUGUGCGAAAAUGAUAAUACUAUAAAUGUGCCUUUGAAUGGAACUGGUUUUGGUGAUUCAGAAUAUGUUUCAUUCAUACAACAUUUAGUGGUCCCUGUAAUAUUCGAUUUUCUUCCAAACUUGAUUUUGAUAUCAGCUGGAUUUGAUGCAGCAUAUGGUGACGAAGAGGGAAACAUGAACUUGACUCCAGCAGGUUAUUAUUGGAUGACAAAACUGGUUGUUGAUGCUGCUGCAGCAAUUUCCGCACCAUUAUGCAUGCUGAUGGAAGGUGGAUAUUUCGCCGAUUCUCUUGCUUAUGGAGUUCAGUUUUGCAUGGAAGCAUUACUUGAUAACGAUGGGCCAGAAAUACAGUUAGGAUUUUGCAGUCCAGGUUUUCUUUAUUCGUUGCAUAACUCCAUUUUGCACCAUGCUCAUGAAUUCCCGAACUUGCAGUUGCUUGCAGAUGUCACUCGCAGCAUAAGAAUUCUGUACUCUGUUUCACCUAUAAAAGUAUGUUCAUUGGACUUCAACUUACUAUUUUUCAAGGCGCUCGACGAUGAAUGUCAGUUUUGCAAAAUAUCAAAAGAUCAGUGCGAAGUUUAUGCUACACGAGGCUUAUAUUCUCCUCAAGAAGAGUCAUUAAGUCAAAAUUGCCAACAUCAGCUCCAACAAAUAGUUGAAAAUUAUACGUAUACAUCUAAAACAGAGCCAAUGUUACCUCUUGUUUUCGUAAAAAAGAUAUCGGAAAACAGGCAGUUAGAGCCAGAAAUUCAGAUGGAAAUGGAUGAUUCUCACUAUAAGAUUAUCAUCAAUUUCAUGCAAUUACAUGUUGGUACAUAUUUUGUUUAG